UGUAGAUGUACUGGUUAUCGGCCAAUACUAGAUGGCUAUAGAAUAUUUUCUAAGGAUAGAUGUGGUAUGGGGGAGAACUGCUGCCAAAAUAAAGCCAAAAACGAUAACAAAACAGAUCAGGAUGCUAAUGUUUAUACAUCACCUUAUGAUCCUACACAAGAACCAAUAUUUCCACCUGAUUUAAAGAUUAAUUUUGAAGAAUAUAACAAGAAAGCCUUGAUGUUUAAAACUAACGAAGUGAAAUGGUAUCGACCGGUGACUUUAACUGAUUUAUUAGAAUUAAAAGAAGAAUAUCCUGAUUCUAAGAUAAUUAUAGGCAACACUGAAGUCGGUAUAGAAUCUAGGUUUAAAAAUAUGAAGUAUUCAGUAUUAGUCAACGCCAGUCAUGUACCUGAAUUAACAGAUAUAAAAUUUACUGAAGAUGGAAUUAAAUUUGGUGCCUCUGUUACAUUAUCUAACGUAGAAGAGGUUCUGGAAAAGGCUAAGGGGGAUUUGCCAGAAGAGAAAACAAGGGUUUUUACAGCCGUAAUUGAAAUGUUAAAAUGGUUUUCUAGUAAACAAAUAAGAAACACAGCGAGUAUUGGAGGAAAUAUAAUGACAGCAAGUCCUAUUUCUGAUUUAAAUCCUAUAUUUCAAGCCAGCACCACUAGAUUAGAAGUUGUUUCUAAAGGUUCAAAGUCAAAAGAACUUCUUAUGGAUAAAGAUUUUUUUCAAAGCUACAGACAAACUAUCAUCUCAGCUUCUGAUGUCUUGCUGUCUGUGACCAUUCCCUUUUCUGGAAAGGAUGAAUAUUUUGAAAGUUAUAAACAAGCUUUGAGAAAAGAUGAUGAUAUUGCUAUAGUUAAUGCCGGUAUGAGAGUAGUUUUUGAAAAUGAAUCCGACAUCAUCAAAGAACUCUAUUUAUCCUAUGGGGGAAUGGCAGCAACAACAGUUAUGGCGAAAACCACAAUGCAGAAACUGAUUGGAAGAAAAUGGGAUAAUAAUUUAGUACAAGUAGCCUGCCAAACUUUAGAAGAUGAUUUACCUUUAAAUGCUGAUGCUCCUGGUGGAACAAUAGAAUACAGAAGAACUUUAACUACGAGUUUCUUCUUUAAAUUUUAUUUAACAGUCGCACAACAACUAUAUAAUAAGGAAAUCAUACACAAUACCCCAAUACCACGAUCACAUCUGAGUGCCAUAGAAACACCCGAAUUAGGACCAAGUACGGGAAGCCAGGUUUAUGAAUUAGUUGGUGCUGCUCAGAAAGAUGAUAAUCCUAUAGGACGACCUAUUGUGCAUACAUCGGCUUACCAACAGGCUACAGGUGAAGCUGUCUAUGUUGAUGAUAUGUUACCGUUAAAGGGAGAACUAUUUAUAGCACCGGUUUACAGCUCUAAAGCCCACGCUACCCUACUGAACAUUGAUACGUCUGUUUCAUUGGAAAUACAUGGGGUCAUAGGUUAUAUAGAUCAUAGGGAUAUUAAAGGUGUCAACUACCUGGAAGUGAUUGAAGAACAGUUCCUGGCAGUCGACGAGGUAAUUGUAUAA